AUGAACCACGGUCGUAUUUUAAUGUUUAGCGGUAUUGCAUUAUUUAUAUCUGGUUGUAUCGCAGGAGUAGUGAUAGCUUGCGAUUUAUUUACAAGUUACCAUGCUGCUGUAGGCGGUCAUGUUGAAGCCAUAUUAAAUGGAAUCUUGCUAUUGUUGGCUGGUGUUGCUCGGCAUCACUUACGUUUAGGUAACUUUAGCAAAUUUAUUGCUCAUAUUGGUUUAGAAAUAGCAGCAUGGGUUCAUCCAUGUACAUAUUAUUGGGUUGCUUAUACAGGGUAUUACUAUAAAAUAUUAAGGAAAGGAACUGCACAAGCAACAACAAAACCAUCAGCAGUAGAUGAAGCAAUGAUCAAUUUUUUGUUAAUUGGGUGUGUUGGCUAUGGGCUUAUUACUUCAUUACCUUUAUUAUUAUGGAGAUUUAGAGGUAUUGUCAACCCAAGUGAUAAUACAAUUGCAACUGUACAUCCUGAACCUCAAGUCGAUAAGAAAAGACAAUAA